AUGGCAGCAGCAAAGCGGACAACGCAGAUGUCUCGACGAAUCAUGACGGCCACGCCUCUGAUUCGCAAGCUCGAAGCCCCCUCUGGCACCGAUCACGACACCGAGACACACUGCAGCCAGUUACGAAGAUGGAAGCAGAUCCCAUCUCUCUCUCUCUCUCUCUCACUCGUUCUUCGUUUCCUUGUCGAAGCGAUCCUCAUUUAUUAUGGUGCACGGGGCAGCGCCGGUCGGACGACCGCUUGCAGCAGGUGGGCGGAAACCGGGAACCGGCAAGGGGAGAGAAAAGGGAGCCUUUCCCUGCCAGCCGGGAAAGGACUUGUCGGCUUGUCAGGCCGGCAGCAGGCUGGGAAACGGAACGUACUAGAGAGAACAUGA